AUGACAUCCUCGGAUGUAAUCCCCGUUAAGAGCAGGAGAGUCAGAACGGGUUGUUUAACAUGUAGAGAAAGGCAUCUUAAAUGCGACGAAGGUACGCCAGACUGCCUAAAUUGCCGGAAAAGCAAUAGAGAGUGUAAACGAGGUGUGCGGCUCAACUUCAUCGACAUGACUUGCAAAGAACCACCGUGUAUCCCUGCAACAGAAGAAUGGGCAGUUCACUUCCAAGACGAAUCCCGCCUGAUCGCAUCGGAAUACAAAGGAGGGCUAGGAAGAUACGCAAGCCUUGAUAGCCGCCCUCCCUCCCUGCCGCGAGAAUCCAACUUUAGUACCAGAUCUCAGAUUCAGUCGGGAGCUGUUGAAAGCCUAGAAACUCAAGUUAAAUUAGAGAGCAGAUCCACGACUGUAGCAUCCCCACCACAUAAUUAUUAUAGUGACCGCAGUCAGACAAAUAUGGAUCUUGUCGCUGGGAAUCAUCCACAUUCGCGGAAUAGUAGCGAAACUUCUUUUAUGGGACCUCCGGGACUCGGGCGCUCAACCGGGUAUAACAACACGACAUCAGAUCCUUUUGGCUCUGCCAAAAUCGAAAACAACCGGGCUGUGUCACAUAACGGAUAUCGAAGCGAUGAUGUGUCAACAGCGGCCUCCGUGGCAGGAUACACUGGCGUUGGGCCACCAUCGACUUUUAGGGGAGGCUCGGGGGAUAGCAACGUGGAACCGGAUGCUGAUGUGGGCGUUUUGACACCUUCAAGCGAAAAGUCGGGGGAACGGGAAUAUCUCAAUUCGCCAGAAGAGUUAAGGUUUAUGCAGGUAUUCGUCUCGGAAGUAGGCAUCUGGAUGGACAGCCUCGACAAGGAAAAGCAUUUCUCGCGCCAAAUCCCCUAUCAUGCGCUCAAGUGCCCGAUGCUCCUAAACGCGCUUCUCGCAUGCGGGGUGAAGCAUCUAACGCUCACGCAGCAAUAUAGCGACGACAAGGCGCUCUUCUAUUACGACACAGCGACGACCCAGCUCCUGCGCAGUUUACAGAAUCCCGAGCGUGACACUGCCGAAUGCGCAACCACCGCUGUAGUGCUCAACGUAUACGAAAUCAUGAGUGAUAAGCCGACCAAGAGGAUGAGCCACAUAGCAGGUGCGCGAGCUCUUAUUCGAGAGUGCGGAUGGAAUGCCAAGAGUAAGGGCCUAGGCGCAGCGUGUUUCUGGUUGAAUGUGGGCAUGGAGCUUCUCUCGUGCUUGGCCUUUAACUGGCAGACGGCAUGGGAACCAGAGAAAUGGGGACUCGAUAUGGAUUUCAACACGGAGAAGGAUACUGGGAACGAAGAGGUUUGGGUACAUCGAAUCUUCUAUAUCGUAGCGAAGAUCGCCAAUUUUCGUGCCAGCAUUCCCAAAUUCCAAGAGCCGAGCCCUCACGACGAACAGGUCCGGCUUCAAACUAGGUACGCUGAGUGGCAGCGCCUUAAGAAUAUGUGCGACGAUUGGAACAACUCGUGUCCUCGUCCUAUGCACCCAUUCGGUUACCUAUAUCCUUCUCAGCAAACGGGGACAGAUAAUUCGCUAUUCCCAAAUGUCUGGCUCAUCAAACGUGCCGCCAUCGUUGGUAGGCUUUAUUAUCAUACGGCGCAAUGUUUGCUUGCGCAGAUAAAUCCCAUCCUUCCCAAAAACUCCGAGGAAGCGCGCGGGGUUCAGCAACACCAUGCUCAUCAAGUCUGUGGUAUUGUAGCGCACACCAAGGACCGCGGCGUUGCCAGUGUCUCGAUUCGGUCCCUAGCCAUCGUCGCAGAAAUCCUGACCGACCUUGCUGAGCAGCAGGAAGUGGUAUCAAUCUUGGAGAAAAUCGACCACGAGACCGGUUGGAAGCUUGCGGGUGUCAUUCAGGGCCUUAAAAAGUCUUGGGGCUGGGAAAAGAUGGGGCAGAACGGACUCGCAGCGCAAUUCUUGCCUCGAGCUGGCGGUGGUAGUAAGAUGACAAUGGGCCUGGAAGGGCACUAUCGGCGGAUGGAGUCCAUUCAUGCCAACCUAGCCACAAAUACUACACCGUCACAGCAUCAAAUGAUGCCUACCGUUGCGCAAUCUGGAUCUCAGCAGCUGGCGGCGCCGCGGCCGAUGCAUGUCAACCCAUUGAGCUUUGCCGACUUCAGUCUCCCAAACCAUCCUUACCAGAAUUGGUACGAACCACCCAGUCGGUCUAAUGCUUACAGUUGA